UGCAGCCUCUGUCCAGUAGAUGGCGGGAGCUGACCGUUUGAAAGCAGCGAAGGUUUCAAUUGGACGAAGAAGAGGGAGGAUCGCUGUCAUGGCGGCCAAGGUGGCGAUGGUGGCCGUCCCCACGGUGCUGGGAAUCGCCUCCAUCCGCGUGUACACGGUGAAAGACGCUCCCGCUGACGGGCUGGUUUCUCGAGACAGGCUGAACGUCUACGCCCCGCUGCUCGGCGCUGACCCGCCUAAGGUCGUCCCAGAAAGUCCAGGACUUGUCGAGAGAGGGCUAACGACGACCAGAGAGAGCGUUUUGCCCGCGGUCCGAGCUGUGAAGGGUGCCUGUGUCUCUGUAAAGCGGAGUAGCGUUAAUCUUUACCAUGCAGGAGAGGAUGUUUAUUACUACUUGAUAGACCCUCCUCCAGGUUUUCUGCCCAGAUUUGGAACCGUCACCAUGGCUGGCCUUCUGGGAAUGUUCUUGGCGAGAAAAGGCUCCCGUUUCAAGAGGUUGGCGGUUCCGUUGGGUCUGAUGAGCGCCGGGGCGUCGGUGUGCUACCCAGCCCAAGCCGUGUCUGUGCUCAAGGUGACGGGACAGAAGGCGUACGCCGCGGGGCAGUGGAGCGCCGCCGCCGCGUCCUCUCUGCUCGCCGCCAGGGAACCUGUCACCAAAGAGGCUGCUGCGUCGCAAACGCAGCCUCCGUCGGAAGCCGACCCAGAGUCGGCUCUGCGCCAGGAGGAGGCCUCAGCCGACCUUUCCACACCCGACCUCUUGGCUAAAAGCGCCGCCGUUUUGGAGACAGAGGUGGAAACGGCCGAGUCCGUUCCCAUUUCUGACGAGCCGGCCGCCACUGAAGAGCCGCCGGUGGCGCUCACAGAAAUAUCUCCAGCAGAGAAAGGUUGGUCAGCAGAUUCGGAGCCAGUGCAAACAGAGCCGUCCCGUCCCACCUCAGACGCGGACGGAAACCGAGCCUCAGACGAUGUUUCCCUUGACGCGACGCCAGCGGCCGCCGUCCCGGACGAGCCGGCUGAAGGAAACCUGCCAUCAGCACCCGCUGUCGAAUCGGCUGCGGAGUUUGAGCCGGCGGAGGAGCAGCAGGCGCUUCCUGCUGCGGAGGAGACGCCAACCUCAACGCCCGCCACGCCGCCGCCGCCUCAGCAGCCUGCAGAGGGAAGCAGAGAAGAGGGCUCCGGUUUCCAGCCAGACCCCGCUCUCAUGGACUUCGGCCAGUCCAGCCCCGAAGACGAAGACCUGUACAGCACACGCAGCUGAGACGGAUUCACCAUAAGACGUUUCCAUUCUCAUAGUUUUCUUUUUUUGUUUUCUCUGCCCACGUUUUCACAGAACACGUCCGAAUAAUUUGGCACCGGCGCUGCAUUGUGAUGAAUUUCGGUACAUAAACACAGAGAAACCUGGAAAAAAAAAAAAAACACCCACAAUUACAUUGGAAACGGCAGAAUGUGGAACGGUUUCUGUUUAAAUGUGCAGGAGUUUUCCAACCAUCAAUUAUGCAAAGUGCCGUUUAUUUAUUGUGAUCCAGCCCAUUUUUGUUAAUUUAAAUCUUCCUCUCAGACGACGACUAAAGGAGGACUUGUGCUGCUUCACGCUGUUAGAUGGUUGGUUAAGGAACUCAGAAUAAAUCUUUAUUUUUUUGUGAGCUCA